AGCAAUGCCACACGCGUGUGUCUUCUCGUUCCAAUCCGGCUCUCCCUAGCGAUUCAGCAAACAAAUAACAAUCAUCAAAGUGUGCUGUGGUUAGUGGCUAACCAACGCAUCGCGUACCGUUGUAUUACGACCAAUAACAGAGGGAAUCUGACAGGUUGCGAUUUAAACUAACACCGGCCUGCUGAGCUCAUACGAUUAAACCACGACGCGACCUGUUAAUCGACCUGAAAUGAAUGAAUCAUCGUGGUUACCUACUCGCAAUUCUCUUUCCACAAUAACGGUGAGUAACGCUGAGACGCUCUGCUGCGGAGGAAGCUCACAUUAACGGGGUGAGCAACAUUGUGAAAUACUCGUAGCCGGCGAUGAUAAACCCGCCAUCGUCAAGUCAACUGUGUAGGUAUGUAUAGUUAGAUGUGUUUCACAUCAUUCGCGCUUGAGUCACAGUUCGAUUUAGCGAUAUACACACGGAAAGGGGAUUUUCGACUGUUGGUUGCUUGUAUCUGAUAAGCGGAGCGGUUCACCUGAUUUGAAGCGAUAUUGUCAUAACCGAAAUAGUAACUGGAUGGAACACAACUGAAACCAGUGAUAGAUUAAUUAAAAGUAAUUGCUGCUUUAUUUUGGACUUACAAACCUGCUUCCAAAAUGCCCGAAAAAUACGCACCCGACUUGAACGGAUGGACACGACUACACUACUCCGCCUACCAGAGUCACCUGGCCGUCCUCACCGACCUGCUGGCCACCGCUACUGCCACCGAUGUGAAUGCAAGAACCAAAAAGCUGGAAACCCCACUCCACCUGGCAGCCGGAAAUUGCCGUGCCGAAGCUGUUCGACUGUUGAUCAACCACUCGGCCACCGACAUCAACUGUGGCAACUACAGAAACUGGAGUCCGCUUCACUGUGCCGCAAAAUGUGUACACACCGAAGCCGUGACUGAUCUUAUCAAUAACGGAGCCAAUGUCCGCGCUGUUACCAAGGACGGACAAACUCCUCUACACGUUGCCGCCAAAUACGGACAUAAUUCUACAGUAAUUAGUUUAAUAACCGCUUCGGCGGAGGUGAACUGUGUUGACCUUAAAGGUUGGACUCCGCUGCAUUAUGCAGCGCUAAAAGGUCACACAGAAGUUGUCCAGCAACUGAUCGGUGAAGGGGCCAAUAUCGAUGCCCUUGGAAACUGGCUAGAAACUCCAUUCAUCCUGGCCGUUCGAAAAGGUCACCCCGACGUGGUUCGCUGUUUAAUCGAGAAAUCAACAAUGAUCAACUGUGCUGAUAGCAACGGCUGGACGCCACUUCAUUAUGCAGCUUUUAAUGAUCAAAUUGAUGUCGCUAAACUUCUACUCGACAACAAAUCUAAUGUAAAUGCGCCUACGAAACAGUUUGAAACUCCCCUGCAUUUUGCGACCAAGAAAAAUCGUGUAGAAAUUGUCAAACUUUUACUUGAGUCGCUCGCCACAGUUGAUUGUCGCGAUUGGCGAGGAUGGACUCCGCUUCAUUAUGCAGCUCGAAAAGGAUACACAGAUAUCGCGAACGUGUUGAUAGCCAGUAAAUCCGACGUGAACGCAGAAACCAACCAGAAGGAAACUCCGCUGCAUUUUGCAACACGAAGGGACCAUACUGAAUUUGCCAGCUCUCUAAUCGGCCACUCAGCAACAAUCGACUGUUACGACAGCGAUGGCUGGACUCCGUUUCAUUACGCGGCACAAUAUGGCCGCCGUGAUAUUGUAACUCUGUUGAUUAGUAGUGGUGCAAAUGUCAAUGCGUUUACUGCAGUUCAAGAAAAUCCCCUGCAUUUUGCAGCUCGUAAAGGCUACUGCACAAUUGUGCGAAUGCUGCUUGAUGAGUCAGCCAAAGUGGAUCAACGGGAUGGAGACGGAUGGACUCCUCUGCAUAGUGCUGCUAAGUUUGGCCGAUUUGCCGUUGCCAAGCAGCUUGUUUCCCAUGGUGCCAAGGUGUCUGCGGUAACCCCUCAAUUAGAAACGCCACUGAAUUUCGCUGCCAAAGUAGGCUACACCGAAAUUGCCAACUAUCUGAUUGACAACGCUGCCGAAGUGAAUUGUGUCGAUCAGAACGGUUGGAGUCCGCUUCACUUUGCGGCUGACAGCAAUCACCGUACUGUUGCGGAGCUGUUGCUUGUACGAGGUGCCAAUGUCGAUGCUGUUACAAACGAUGGCAACACUCCACGUCAGCUUGCCACCUUGAAGGGCCACACCGCAAUCGUUGAAUGUAUUGAGACUCACUUGGUACCGGUGGAAGGUGAUGUUGUUGUGGAAUAA